AUGUCGUCUAAGAAACCCGCAAUUAAAAACCGCAGCGCUCCCAAAUGGCCCGAACCGCGAUAUGACAGCUUUGUGUUUGUGGAAUAUGAACGUGGUCUGGUCCGAACACUAUUUCAAACAGCACAAAAUAUCUGCACAGAAGACAUGAUUGACAUUGAACUACGACAGCUGAAAGAAUCUUUGACUAGAAAAGCUUAUCCCGAUGCAUUUAUCGAAAGGCACAGCAAGCCUAAAGUGAUCAGACAAACGAAUUGUUCAGCAGAAAAACUACUAGUCACCAUUUGUCUUCCAUUCAAACGUGAUGACAUCAAUUGUUUGCUCAAACGACCACUUGGAUCAGCGCUUGCCCGAACAUAUUAUGCAGCUGACUUCAGAAUUGCUCAUCGAAAGAUUGAGAUCCCCCCACUGUCGGUGAAACAACGUCCACCUCUGUACACCAAAUCGAAUCCGAUUUACCAAUUUCAGUGUAGUUGGGAGCAGCCUACCGAGCGCGUGAAAUACUCUCACGUUGUACAAGCGCCUCCCUUUGACAUCGCUAUUGACGUGGAAGAUCUCCUCGAUCCCAUUCCAUUAGAAGCUCCUUACACGAAGCUUAAGGAAGCAGUCAUUCAGCGUACCGGAAAAUCAGCCGGAAAAAUGCUCCGUGAACUUUUCACGUCGGUGGAGCUCAGAGACCAAACUCCGUCCCAGCUUAUGCGCCAUAUGCGGUGGCUACUGGCUGGACGGCAAAUGGACGACGCCAUUUUCAGGGAGAUAUGGGUUGCUAAACUACCUCUCCCGAUGCAGCUGGUCCUGUCAAUGCUGGAACCUACUACUCUACUUGACAAGGUUGCGCAACACGCCGAAAGAAUAAUGGAAUGCUACCCGGCUGGUAGACAUUGCGUUCACAUGACAUCACCCGCCGAAACCACUCCGACGCACGAAUCCCCCACGACAUUACCAGUUUCUGCCCCAGAUCGCCGUGCCGACGUUUCUCGCAGUCCUGAUUCCCCAUCCCAUCACUCGCAUAUCGAUGAGGACAUUACGGACCUAAAAGAAACCGUUCUCAUGUUGUGCAAUCCGCUCACCGACCCAGUCUCUCAUGCUGUGCAGCACCACAUCGCUACAAAAGGCCAACCUGUCCACUUUCAACCUCGACGACUCAACUCCGACAAACUCCGGUUCGCACGACUUGAAUUCGAACACAUGAUGAAUCUUGGCAUCAUUCGACCGUCUUCAAGCCCAUGGGCCUCGCCUUUGCACAUGGUUCCGAAAUCAUCUGGUGAUUGGAGACCCUGUGGAGACUACCGUGCUCUCAACAACGUCGCCGUCCCCGACAGGUACCCGAUCCCACACAUUCAUGAUUUUGCACAGAAUCUCUCUGGGAAGACAAUCUUUUCCAAGGUUGACCUCGUAAAGGCAUAUCACCAAAUCCCCGUGGCCGAAGAAGACAUUCCCAAGACAGCCAUCACCACGCCUUUUGGCCUGUUCGAGUUCAUUUGCAUGCCAUUUGGACUGAGAAACGCUGCCCAGACGUUCCAACGAUUCGUCGAUGAAGUACUUCGAGGUUUACCGUUCGCGUUUGGCUACAUCGACGACAUCUUAAUUGCCAGCGCCUCUCCAUCAGAGCAUGCCAGCCACUUGCGUCAAUUCUUUCAACGUUUCCAACAAUACAGACUUCAGCUAAACCCUAGUAAAUGCGUGUUCGGAGUUCUGUCCCUCGACUUUCUCGGGCACCAUAUCGAUCAAAUCGGUUUGACACCCCUCCCAGAUAACGUGCGCAGCAUCCUGUCAUUUCCUGCACCUCAAACGAUCACACAGUUACGACGUUUCUUGGGAAUUUUGUACUACUACCGUCGCUUCAUUCCCCAUUGUGCGACCAUCGUUUCACCGUUAACCGAUCUUCUCAAGUCCAACGUCAAGACGAUCGAUUUCACUCCCGAGGCCGAGACAGCUUUCACAGAAGCCAAAAAAGCUCUCGCAGAUGCCACCAUGCUGCACCACCCACAUUCGGAUCCAAAUACUGAGUUAAUCCUAACGACUGAUGCAUCAAAUACUGCGGUCGCUGCAGUGCUUCAUCAAAUAGCGGCACAGACAAAAUACAGCACGUUUUCUCGUGAACUCCUGGCCAUUUACUUGUCCAUCCGACAUUUCCGUCAUCUUUUGGAAGGACGACAAUUGCGUGUGCACACUGACCACAAACCCCUGACACACGCACUUCAUGCCAGGCCUGACGGACAUUCACCCAGAGAUAUCCGCUAUUUGGAUUAUAUUUCUCAGUUCACAACAGACAUGCGCUACGUGCGUGAAGUUCAUAACGUUGUGGCUGAUGCUUUAUCCAGACCUGACAUCAACACGGUGCAGACUAAAUUCGAUCUUACGGAGCUGGCAAACCUCCGGCUCGAACUGCGCACAUCCUCCACACUCCAGCUCAAGAAUUCUCCCCUACCUUCAACCGAUGGCACAGUCCUAUGUGACUGGUCUACAGGUGAGUAUGUUCAACCCAGCACCGAUGCCAAUCCUAACCCAUCCCAAUUUGUCCAACAACUCGAAGACCGUAUGUCACAUCUUCGUCCCAUACCCACUCGCUCGUCAUUCACACACGUUUUUGUACAUAAUGAUCUAUAUACGUCACCUUUCGUUUUUAUUCGUAACGAUACUGUUCGCAAACCACUCACGCCACCUUAUGAUGGUCCAUUUAAGGUACUUAGUAGCACAGACAAAAAUUUCGUGGUUCAGAAAGCCGAUAAGCCAGACACAGUUUCCAUUGACAGACUGAAACCCACGUAUUUUGAUACACCUCCGUCACCAGCAACACCGACACUAUCACCAUCCACAGAAACACCACCAACACUUCCUGUUGAUGAUCCACCCUCUAUCAUCACACCAGACACUACACCACACCCGCCAGCACCACCACAGCAACAACCUCCCUUGGUAACCCGCCGUUCCGGAAGAUACGCUCGAUAUCCUUUCAGAUUUCACGACUUUGUUAGUUGA